AUGCAAGGUUCACAGGAGAGACCACAUGAUGUUCCAGAGAGUAACUGGAUUUCAUUAAAACCUUUUGGCAGAAAAGAAACCGUGCAACUCUUCCUGCAGCACUGGGCACCCAAGGGAAAGGAAGGAAAACGUAAAGAAGUAAAUCCUGCAGACAAACCUAGUGCAGAGAUGAAUACUAGUGAAGAAGGAAAUCCUGGAGACAAAACUAGUAUGGAGAUGAAUGGUGAAGAAGGAAAUCCGGGAGGCAAAACUGGUGCGGAGACAAAUGGUGAAGGAAAACAUAUAAAACCCAGAAAAGACAUGAAAGAGAAGAUCACAGGGUAUGCUUAUCCACUACAUGACAUGACAGGAGGCCUUCCACUUGCGGUCGUCCUUCUAUGUGGCCUUUUCCAAACCAAGGAAUAUCCAAAUGAGUGGGAGUUGGUGUUGAAGCGCCUAGAGUCCAAGCUAUCAGGGCAAUCAAAACGUCUAGACGUCAUACUCACCAUGUGCUUCGAUGAUCUGCCACAUGAAGUAAAAUCAUGCUUCCUCUACUUUGCUUUAUUGCCCAUGAACACACCUAUCCAAGCUCGCAAGUUGGUAUGCAUGUGGAUGGCAGAAGGGUUCCUAAGACCAGAAGAUGGGAAGACAAAGGAGAAAAUGGGAAGAAUCUACUUGAAGGAUUUGGUUGCUAGGAACCUUGUUAAGGUCCUGAAGAGAGAUUCCUUCAGUGGCGAAGAAUUUGUGGCUGUGCACCAUAAGGUUCACGCGUUUUUGCAGCUUGAAGCAAAAGAGGCCAACUUUGUAGACAUCCAUAGUGGUGAUGAUACCCCUUCAUUGACAACUACACGUCGCCUCUCUCUUCAGAACUAUACAGAUAAAUAUGCUGCAUUGGCUAACCCUCUGCCCAGACUACGAUCUAUCAUGUCUAGUUUCCAUGAAGAGAAAAGAGAGGGUGACAUGACAAGUGCGGGGGGCAUGCUUCAUUGCUGGGGACAAGGGGCCAUGCUAAAAAGGGGAAGGACCAACCGCCACGAGCACAUAAGAUGGAUGUUACAAAAAUCCAGGUUCCUCCGUGUAAUCAACCUACAAGGUGUCGAGAUUGGAGAGCAGUUGCCAGAAACAAUCAGUAAUGUGCCACACCUACAAUACCUUGGCAUCACCCACUGUUCGUUGAAAUUUAUCCCACCAGCAAUUGGGGAACUUAAAGAUCUUGAGACAUUGGAUGUUCGGGGGACAAUGGUUCGUAAGCUCCCGCAAUCAUUUUGGAACAUUAAGACGCUGCGGCAUGUGUUUGGAACUGGCACUACGGGAAACCGGUAA